AUGAGCUUCGCGCAUGACGAAGAGAGUGGCGGCGGCCGUGCUGGUCGCCAUAUGAGUGUCUCCCACUAUGCCAGCAAUAUGGGGGCACCAACCUACGACACAACCAGACGAAGGUCUUCUAUUGUGCCGGCUGCCGCUGUAGCGGCACAACAAGAAGAGGCAGUCUUCAACCAGAAGGAUGAAACACUCCGCAAGAUGUCAGUGGCGGUGCCCAACUUGGCUGAGCUCUCCGCCGAUGCCAAAGCUGCCGCAGAAUUGGAACACAAGAUGGGCUUUCGUGAGGGCUGCCGGUUGUAUCCUAAAGCCAUCAUGUUCUCCUUCUGUCUUUCUCUCGCCGUCAUCAUGGAGGGAUACGAUACAUACCUCCUCGGCAACUUCUUCGGGUUGACCACGUUUUCUCGCAAGUAUGGGUCGCCCGCCGGGAUCGUCGAUGGCGUCCAAACCUACCAGGUUUCGGCGACAUGGCAAUCGGCACUCACCAAUGGCACUGCUGCCGCUCAAAUCAUCGGACUGUUUCUCAAUGGCAUCAUCUCCGAGCGCAUCGGAUACCGCUGGACCAUGAUCGGCGCACUGGCCUUUAUUACUGCCACCAUCUUCAUCACCUUCUUCGCCGUCGAUGUGCAGAUGCUACUCGCCGGCUACAUCUUGUCCGGUCUCCCCUGGGGGGUUUUCCAAACUCUCACUACCACGUAUGCCGCCGAGGUGACACCAGUUCCGUUGAGGCCGUACUUGACCACCUACGUUAACCUCUGCUGGGUCAUUGGACAGCUUAUUGCUGCUGGAGUGCUCAAGGGCUUCGUAAACCAGUCCGAUCAAUGGGCCUAUCGAGUGCCCUAUGCGAUCCAGUGGAUAUGGCCGUUGCCCAUCGCCACAGCUGCGUUCUUUGCACCCGAGAGCCCAUGGUGGCUUGUCCGCCAUGGCAAAUUGGACCAAGCUCGGGCCGCCCUGCUCAAAUUGACGUCGAAAAAGAACACCGAGUUCAACGUGGAAGAUACAUUGGCCAUGAUGAUUCACACCAACGAGCUGGAGAUCCAGCAGACUGCGGGUACCAAUUAUUGGGAUUGCUUCAAAGGCGUUGACCUGCGACGAACUGAAGUGACGUGCAUCACGUGGCUGAUUCAACAGACGUCUGGAUCUCCUAUGAUCGGAUGGGGAACCUAUUUCAUGAUCCAAGCCGGCCUGAGCGAAAGCAAUGCAUAUUCUCUCGGCGUUGGUCAGAGUGCCAUGGGGUUCCUGGGGACUGUCUUCUCCUGGUUCUUGAUGCCGCACUUUGGUCGUCGCACUCUGUAUCUCGCCGGACAACUGGCCAUGUUUGUCAUACUGAUGAUUAUUGGUGGUCUUGGAGUUCCAACCCUGUCUACCUCGAUCGGUUGGGCUUCGGGUGCCUUGAUUCUCAUCCUCACCUUCAUCUACGAUUUUACGGUUGGCCCAGUCUGCUAUUCGCUGGUGGCUGAGCUUCCGUCCACUCGACUCCGGAUCAAGACCGUCGUCCUAUCCCGGAACGUGUACAAUAUCAUGGGUAUUGUGGUCGGGACGCUUCAGCCUCGCAUGAUGAACCCGACAGCCUGGGGCUGGCGUGGAAAGACUUGUUUCUUUUGGGGCGGUCUUAAUCUGCUGGGCUUGAUCUGGACCUAUUUCCGUCUGCCAGAACCAAAGGGUCUCACCUACGCCGAACUCGAUGUCUUGUUUGAGAAUAAAGUCUCUGCCCGCAAAUUCAGGCAAGUCAAGGUGGAUCCGUAUCGCUCGGACAACUUGGUUAUUGUCCCCGACGAGUUUGGCGACUAUGAUGUGGCCGAGAAGAAGGGAUUCUAG